AUGGUGAAAAAGGUUAGAAAAGGAAGUCAAAGAAGGCUGAAUAAAAAGGAGCAUAAGCUUCAAAAGAAGGAACUGGAUGAAAAGGAAUUGAAUAGUUUGAUUGAAAGAAUCGAUGAAUAUGAUCCAAAGGUACAUGAAAGUUCACUUUCUCAAUUCACUGAAUUGCCCAUAUCUAAGGAGACUCUUGAAGGCUUACAAGAGUCCAGCUUUGUUUCAUUGACGGAAAUCCAAAAGAAAUCCAUCCCUAUGGCUUUAAAAGGUGAUGAUAUCAUGGCUACUGCCAAGACAGGAUCGGGGAAAACUUUAGCCUUUCUUAUUCCAACCAUUGAAGCAUUGAUUAGAAACAAAAUCACAGAAUAUGAUGGGUUAGCUGCAUUAAUUAUUUCUCCAACCAGAGAAUUAGCAGUACAGAUUUUUGAAGUAUUAAAACAAAUAGGGAAACACAAUUCAUUUUCAGCUGGGCUUGUUACUGGUGGUAAAGAUGUUCAAUUUGAAAAGGAUAGAAUCAGUAGAAUGAAUAUCUUGGUUGGAACUCCAGGUAGAAUUUCACAGCAUUUAAAUGAAGCCUAUGGUAUGGAAACUUCAAAUUUACAAGUACUAGUUCUUGAUGAAGCUGACAGAUGUUUGGAUAUGGGUUUCAAAAAGCAAAUUGAUAGCAUUAUAGGACAUUUACCAACAACAAGACAAACAUUGUUGUUUUCUGCUACUCAAUCAGAAAGUGUUAAAGAUCUUGCAAGAUUGUCUUUAACAAACCCUAAAAGAAUUGGUAUCUCCACUGAUGAAGAGCUUUCCGCUACACCUGAUACAUUGGACCAAUACUAUAUUCAGAUUCCGUUGGAACAAAAAUUGGAUGUCUUGUGGUCAUUUAUCAAAUCACAUUUGAAGUGUAAAAUAUUGGUAUUCUUUUCAUCGUCAAAACAAGUUCAAUAUGCUUAUGAGACAUUCCGUAAGUUACAACCAGGUAUUUCAUUGAUGAAACUUUAUGGUAGAAAUAAGCAAACAACAAGACUUGAAACCACUUAUAAGUUUUCAAACGCACAACAUGUGUGUCUUUUUGCUACGGAUAUUGUUGCUCGUGGUUUAGAUUUUCCAAAGAUUGAUUGGGUUAUCCAAGUAGAUUGUCCGGAAGAUGCUGCUACCUAUGUACAUCGAGUUGGACGUGCUGCUCGUUUUGGUAGAAAGGGGAAGUCAUUACUUAUGUUAAUGCCAACGGAAGAAGAAGGAUUUUUGAAAAGAUUGAAUAAUAACAAAAUUGAUGUGAAAUUAAUGAAUAUUAAACUGAAGAGCAAAAGAACCAUUCGUCCACAAUUACAAUCCAUAUGUUUUAAAGAUCCUAUCAUGAAGAAUUUGGGUCAAAGAGCCUUUAUUGCAUAUUUCAGAUCUGUUUAUAUUCAAAAGGAUAAGGAUGUGUUUAAAGUUGAAGAACUUCCUGUUGAAGCAUACGCUGAAUCCCUUGGAUUACCUGGUGCACCUAAAAUCAAGAUUAAAGGAGGCUCUGACAAUAAGGAGAAGAAGAAUGCAAGUCGAAGAUUGAAAGCUUUAUCCAAAACCAAUGAAGAAGGUGAAGGUGAAGGUGAAGGUGAAGAAGGCGAAGGAACAAAGACUGAUUCUAAAAAAGUCAGAACCAAAUAUGAUCGUAUGUUUGAAAGACAAAAUCAGACUGUUCUUUCGGAGAAUUUCUUAAACCUUACUGGAAACAACAAGGUAGCAGGCGAAGAUAGUGAAGAUGAAGAUGGUGGGUUUAUGAGUGUUAAAAGACAAGAUCAUGAUAUUAAUGAAGAAGAACUUCCAGAUUUAACAGCCCCGGCAUCAAAGAGACAAAUGAAGAAGGCACUUUCUAAAAAGGCUUCCUUGGCUUCUAAGGGUAACCCCACCAAACUUAAAUUUGAUGAGGAUGGUGUUGCUCAUGCAAUUUAUGAACUUGAAGAUCUAGAUGACUUUGCUAAAGAUGGUGAUGCCGUGGAACAAAAGAAGGCAUAUGUUGAGAAAGAAGCUGUACAAAUGUCCAAGGCUGAUAUUGAAGAUAAAGAUCUUGCACGGGAAAAGAGACAAGAGAAGAAGAGGAAGAGAAAGGAGAUUGAAAGAAGAGCCAGAGAAGAAGAACUUGGAGAAGGAGGUUCUGGUGAUGAAGAAGUUAGAUACAUUUUGGGCAAUGAUGUUGAUUUGGACCGGGAUAUGGAAUUUCAUAAUGACGACGAAGAAGACCAAGAAGAUCAACCUUCCACCAAAAAACCUAAAUGGUUUGAGAAUGAUAAGCAUAUUUCUAAGAAACAAGUUAAUGAGAUUGAAGAGAUUGAAGAGCCUCAAACAUUGGAAGACUUGGAAAGCUUAACUGCCAGACUUUUGGGUAAGUAA